AUGGGUGGAGGUGGAAAGAUCCCGUAUCCUAAGGAAGUCUGGUCCCCCGCCGGUGGUUGGUACGCCCAGCCAGGCAACUGGAGGGCCAAUACCGCUAUCAUGGGAGCCUUUGUCAUCGGCGUGGCCGCCGUCGCCUUUAGCAUCAGCGCUGACCGCGAGCAUCGCGACAAGAUGCCCGAGCCCGGUCGCUUCUUCCCUAGCCGAUACUGGAGCCGACAAAUCCGCGAACACGAGAAGCAGCAAGCAGCGCAAAACUCCUCAUGA